AUGAAGAAGAUAGAUGAGAAAAAGGACUUCAUAUUUCAUGAUAGAUGUGCCUCACUUCAAUUGAAUCAUUUGGCUUUUGCAGAUGAUGUACUUCUCUUUUGUCAUGGAGAUACACAGAGCAUCACUUAUAUGCUUCAAGCUCUUAAGCUGUUUUCUUUCACUUUUGGGCUUCAACCGAAUGCUAGCAAAACUGCAAUUUAUUGCAGUAACAUGAAUGAAGGAAGUGUGAAGACAUUGAUUAAAGCAUCGGGUUUCUCUAGACAAGUUCUGCCAUUUACUUAUUUGGGGAUACCUAUUUGCUCUGGGAAGAUUUCAGGUAAGGAAUGUGAACUGUUGGUUGAAAAAAUGACGGCUAGAAUUAAGAGUUGGAGUUCAAGAAAUCUCUUAUUUGCAGGUCGGAUUACUCUAAUUAACUCGGUAUUAAUAGCAAUUCAGGCAUAUUGGAGUCAGAUGAUGGUGUUGCCAAAAAAAGUUGUAAGAGCAAUAGAAACUGUGUGUAGGGCUUUUUUGUGGAAGGGCCAAGCAAUGUUCAAUGGUCCUGGGGCUGUAGCUUGGGAAAACAUAUGUCAACCAAAAAAAGCAGGUGGUUUGGGAAUCAUAAAGAUAGAAGAAUGGAAUAAAGCAGCUACUUGUAAAUACAUUUGGGCCAUAUCUAACAAGCGGGACAGCCUAUGGCAAAGGUGGAUACAUAGUGUAUACCUUAAGGAUCAAGAUUGGUGGAACUACACAGCCUCUAUCCAUGCCAGCUGGUAUUGGAAAAAGCUGGUAGCCAUCAAAGAACAGUUGAAGCUGAAGUGUGAUACAGCAGCAUUCCAGCAGAGGCAAUACACAAUUGCAGCAGGUUAUGUACUCUUUUCUCCUCCUGGAACUAAACAGAAAUGGUGCAAUGAGGUAUGGAAUAGAUUGAAUAUCCCCAAACAUAGUGUUAUCUUAUGGUUAGCCAUGUUAAAUAGAUUGAAAACAAAAGAGAGACUGCUUAAGCAUGGAUUACAAGUUAGUGAACUAUGCUGCCUGUGUAAUGAGCAAACUGAAACGGUGCAACACCUAUUUUUUGAAUGUGAUGUGGCUGUGAAAUGGUUGCAAGAUAUAAAACAGUGGCUGUCUUGGAAUGUGGUGUCUUUGAAUCUUGCUACUUUACUUAGGUGGAUUGCAAGGGCAAAGAUUUCGAGAUUCCGCAAGAAGGUAUACACUGCUGCAAUUGUUGGACUGGUUUAUAGUGUUUGGAAGCUGAGGAACAACAUAACUUGGCAAGGGGAAUCAUUAUCCUCUAACCGGGUUACUGAGGAGACAAAAUGGAAUAUCAAAACCCGUAUUGUUGUGUUCAUACCCAAGAAGACUAAAGAAGUAGAUAAAAAAUGGUUGAAGGAACUAUAA